AUGCCUCACUUUGCAAAACCUCUUUUAAGAAACAUUAUUAUCAGAAAUCUAUUCAACAGCAUGAAGAGGAAGCAAUGUCUCCAGUAUUUGAAAACCCUGAGAACACUGCAAUAUGAUGGGUUUACAACUGUAUAUUUGGGGGAAACUUAUAUCCCUGAGAGUCUUGUAACAGGGGAAGAUUUUAGUGAUGGCUAUUCCAUGCCAACUCCAACUUGGUGUAUUGUGCAUGCUGGUGGUAGUCAAGGAUGGAUGCCUUGGAAAUAUCGGAUGUUCCUAAGGGAUGAGUUAUGCAUCAAACAAGAAGACAGCCUCUUCUCUGAGUUCUGUGAUGUGGCAAAGAAGACCUACGGGAAGUGCACCAUUGUGGUCAAAGACAGAAGGCAGCAGGAUGAGAUGAAGCCAAACGAAGACACAGAAUCCGAGGCCCAGGUCCAUGUCCCAUCAGUCCUUAACUUAACGAACAUCACAUGUUGUCCACAGGUGGCCAAGUCCUAUGGCCAUGAACUACUCUCUCUGCCUUCCGCUUACAGUUAUCUGAACCCUCUAGACUCAGCCUGGUCUUCUCUGAAAUGGUUUAUCAUCAAUUACAGAAAGGAGUUUUGUUUGCAGUCCACUGAUGGUGUCUAUUCUUACAAGUAUAUACUCUUCAGUGAUUUAAUUAGCAAAGGGAUUGAAAGGAUGAACCCAAGCAAAUGGAGAACACUAACUAACAAAGUACAAAGAUGGGAAAACUACUAUCUUGGUAAAUUUUCUGAAGUGCGAUUCCUCUAA